GUGAGGGGUCCGUCGCUGAGGGGCCGUGGCCGCCCGGCAGCGGGGCCGCGGGGACGAAGGGUUUUCCUCGGGGGUUCGGGUCCGCUCGCCCUCCGCCGGGACCGCAGCUGGGUCGGUCCGAAGCCUGGCGGUUGGGCAGAGAUCCUUCGGGGAGUUUUGCCGGGUUACGUGUGACGCGGUGUCUGCUGUAAGGCCCGAGCCGUGCUGGCAACACGAGCCAGCGGAGCAAAAGAGUCCGUGCUGUGGGCGCGGAGAGAAGAGGUGAGCAGUGGGUAUGGAUAUGGACAGUGUUUCUUCAGGCUCUUCCCUGCAGUGCCUUGCCAAAUUACUCCGUGAUGCUCAAGAAGAGGAGGAGGAGGAGGAUGUGAAUUGGUUGAUCCAUUUGCCUUUUUUGCAGUCACGCUGCAGUUCUGUUGGUGCCAUGACUCCUGGGAGUAUUGGACCAGUAAAGAAAGAGACCACUGGUACUUUUCAAAUGAAAUCUGAAAACAGGAAAACUAUUUGGAAUACAGAGGAGGUCCCAGAAGGAUCUGAGUUUGAUGAUACCUGGGACCCCAGGGAACAGCCAGAGUAUGAGAUUUUAUUCAAACAGUCUGUGGGAACAGAGGAUGUCUUCUUUGGGAUGACAGGGAAGGACCCCUCCACCGCCUGCUGUGAGGAUAUAGUGAUUAAAAUCAAGCUGCCAGAGACAAAGUACUCAGACAUCACAUUAGAUAUCCAGGACAAGGUUCUUGACCUUCGAACUCCCAAAAAGAAGCUGCUGCUGCACCUCCCCUACCCUGUCAACAGCAAGGAGGGUAGAGCUCGUUUUCUCUCUGAAGAGGAGAUCUUGGAAGUCACCUUGAGAGUAUCAAGGCAGUUUGAUUUCAUAAAUUUUUCUGACGGAUAGAGAGAUAGAGAAAGUUUGAAAAAACUAAUCUUCUGGUGUGAAGUCUCCUUGAAACCCAACUUGUCAUGAAAUAGUAGAUUGUUUCCCUUGAACAGUCCAGGGGGAAUAUCUCUGGAGAAAGGAGUCAGGAGGGACACGGCACCCACAGGUACUGAAAGCUGAGCCUGUCUGGUUCUUGUGCUGCUCUGGUUAACUUUCUGCUUCCUUCAGUCUGAUACAGGCUCUGUGAAUCAGACAGUGGGAGAUUACAGUUUUGCCAGCCAGAAAAAGCCUUUUGUGUGGCUGUGGCUGAGAGGUAGCACAGUGAGUGUCUGGUCAAUGAGUCCAGUGCUCAGCUACUGUUUGAAGACUUUCAAGUGUUAAUAUCCUUGCUUGGUCCCCAGUGCUGUGGCUGGGGCCAGUUCAGAAUCUCCUUUCACCCUUGGUGAGAAGAUCAUCAAAGCUCUUCAGGGAUCCAAAUCCACAUGUGAGGCUCCUUUACGCUGGCAGAACAAGUUAACCAACUACAGUUGGAUUGUUGAAUGUCUCAGCUUUUUUGAACAAUUUUUGACAAUGUUCAGUGUCUUCCAUUCACCUGCUGUCCCUCCAGCUAUUUUUCUGAUCUUUCCUGAUUAAUAAAAUAAUAUGUUCUAAGGAAGAGUUCCAGUUA